UCUCCUUUGUCAACUCGGAGUCUAUGCGCCUUUGAGCUGCUGACGGUGCAGUGGGGGUACGCUGUGCUGUAGCUUUUGAUUUUAUAUCUUCAUGAGAAUUUGAUUAAUCUGAAACCUUGGCUAUUUUACACCGGAUAUUUAAAAAUGGAUUUGCACAAAAAAGCUUUUGUGACGUGGAGCUGCUACGCAUUUUUACUGCUGAACGUGGCGCAUGGAGACAUGAGCUAUUCUUUCCCGGAGGAGAUGAAACGAGGUUCAGUUAUUGGAAAUGUCGCAAAGGAUCUCGGGCUGCAGACAGGUGCGCUGWCCACCAGAAGAGCCCGAAUUGACACCGAGGAGAGCGAUAAAAGUUACUGUGACAUCAACGUGAGGAGCGGAGAGCUGAUAGUGACCGAGAGGAUUGACCGUGAGGAGCUUUGUGGCGAAAAGGCUUCGUGCGUCUUAAAACAAGAGCUCGUUCUGGAGAAUCCUCUGGAGCUGCAUCGGAUCAGCCUUCAUGUUCAAGAUAUAAAUGAUAACUCGCCACAGUUUAAGGAUGAAUUUAUUACGUUAGAAAUUCAUGAAUCGGCAGACAGGGGAGCUCGCUUUGUGAUCGAGGAGGCGCACGAUGCGGAUGUAGGACAAAAUUCAGUUCAGCAGUAUAGCCUUGAGAAGAACGAAMAUUUCAUUCURGCUGCUAAUGGAAACACAGUGGAGCUUGUUUURGAUAAGGAGCUUGAUCGAGAAAAACAGAAAGAAAUUAAUAUWCUCCUUACAGCUUUAGAUGGCGGAUCUCCUCAGAGAUCAGGUACAGUGGUCAUACAUGUAACUGUACUGGAUGCUAAUGAUAACGCCCCAGUGAUCCAGAACCAGUGA